AUGUUGUCCUCAACCCCUAUGACGGUCCUGGACCCGAAUGUCGUCAUCCCUUCAUUAUCUACAAGAGUCAGAAGCAGCUUGACCAUGCCAACCCAAACAUUAGUCGCCAGAAACUGGACGCAAAACAACACCACCACCAAAGCAGAUGACUUUCCGAUCUUCUACCCCGACAGGGACGGUAUCAUUGCCUUGGCACUUCUCGCAGCCAUCUUGGGCCUCUUCAUGGGACUCGUACUCCGAGAUCUUCUGAACAAGAGACGCACUGGCGAGUUCAAGGAAGACAAGAAGAGUUGUGGAUCGUUUUUCCGAACACUCUUCCGCAUGCCUUGUAUCAUGUGUAGCUCGGACAGCUUGAGGCAACUAUGGAUCAAGUUCACGAAUCUCUUCCGCUCCAAGAAAAACCAGCGCGUGGUGAAGAAGGCGGACCAGGACGGAAUCGAACUGGACGUCAGACUCCAGAGCGGGAGACCAAUCGGGGUAUUUAAUGGUGCCUCGUCGCCCAAGAUCGCCUUUGCUUCAGAUAAGACUAGGAGGAGUAAUUCCAAAGGCAAGGCCGUCGAAACCACCGUUCUUCCUCGAGUCGCCGACUUCAGCGUGGGCCAAGGCUUCGUAUCUACUCAUGUACGUGGGGCCAGCUCAGGGUCUAACCGAGGCGACUCUUCUGAACAUGAUAAUACUUUGGGUAUUUCCAAUCCUGAAGGUUUGUCCACCGAGAACGCAGGUUCUAGCGCGACGAAUAACCACAGCUCAGGUUCAAGUUCAGCUGCAGCCAGCCGUAGCCAUUGGUGGUCGCUUGGGCAUGGCCACGGCCAUGAUACUAGCCACAGUCACAGUCAUAGCAACUCCCAUAGUCAUGAUUAUGGGUCGCAUUCUUAUGAUUUCGGCCAUACUGACUCUGGUGGCUUUGACUCUGGUGGUUUCGAUGGAGGUGGUGGUGGUGGUGGUGGCGACUAA